CUCGCCUCUCUGUUCCAGUGUGUUUACUACACUGCCGAGCAUAAGGGAGACACUCGUCUUCACAUGCACUGAUCCCACAGAGAAAAAAAAAACAGUUUUUAGUUGUAUUUGUAAGGAAACCCUCCAAGAGAUCAACAUGCCCAAGAGAAAGGCACACGGAGCAGAGGCAGGAGAAAAGGAGGAGCCCCAGAGGAGAUCAGCUCGGUUAUCGGCGAAACCGGCCCCGCCCAAGCCGGAACCAAAGGUGAAGAAGGCGGCGAAGAAAGAAAAGGCUGUGAACGACAAGAAGGAGGACAAGAAGACCAAGAAGGCGAAGGAGAACGCCGAGGCAGAGGCGAACGAGGAAAACCACUCUGAGAACGGCGAGGCCAAGACCAACGAGGUGGAGGCAGCUCCCGAGGAGGCCAAGGAGGAGGCCAAGUCCGAGUAGCACCACUGCCCAAACUCUCUCCUCCUCCAUCUUCUACAGCCCCUUCCCCCCCACUCCACCCAAAAAACUACCCCAGCCAGUCCCACCCCACCCCCCCUCUAAGUCUCUCUCACAUGGUUUCCCUCCAAGGCGUAUUGUUAACAGAGGAAUAUUUUUAUCAAUGAUUUUAUAAGUAUCCGUACAGAUUUUUAGCACAAAAAAGCAAAGCUGAUUAUGGAGCGCCUUGCAGAUUUGCAGUGGUCAUAUCAAAGUGUCUGCAAGCGAAAUGAACACACUAAAAUCUUUUUUAAAUGGCAUUUCAUGAUUGUUGAAGGCUUGUUUUUGGUGUAGAAAGCGUGUCCCUGCCGGAUUGGCCAUGUUGUGAGUUGUGUAUUACUGUGGGUUUUUUUUUGUUUGUUUGUUUCACUUCUAACUCCACAAAAAUCAGACCUUUUCUUCCUCACCUCCUCCCCUUUCUCCCCCCCUUUUAUCCACGUUUUUACUACAACGGUUCAGACAUGUCGGUGUGGGCGAUUCCUUUUAGACCUCUAUAAACGUGCAGUGAGUCCCCUCCUCAUUUUUUUUUUUUUUUUUUUUUUCCAUUUUUGUUUCUCUGCUUCUGUCUCAUGGUGUUUUUUUUUUUUUUUCUUUCAUUGAAAUUGUGUUUUGACGAAGAAGAAGAAAAAAAAGAUACAAAACGAAAAACUACUAGCGUGUUGUCCAUAAGAAAGAGGAAGACGAACAUGUGAAACAUUCCGGAGAACGGCGACUGCCUCCGAUCCGUCUCCUUAGACGACCCUGCGUGUAUAAAAGAAAAGAGGAAAAAAAUUCUAAAAAAAAACAACAAAACAAAACAGCUCCCGCUCCAUCCACGCUGUCACGCCAGCUUUUCUAAACACUGUUUUUUGUUUUAGUUUUUUCUGGGUUGGUUCGGUUUUUUUGGUUUUUUAACAGCGAUUGAAUUUGGAAUCCUUCUGUGACAAAAAAAAAGGAAAAAAAAAAAAGAAAAAAAACAUAUAUGCAGGUGUCCGGUCCCUCUCUUAUGUUCUGAAAUUCUCUUAAUAAAAAGAAGUCCUGGGAAUUUUCCUCGAA